CUGAGCUGCAAAAGAGUCCACAUUAACCCGGACCUCCAGAGGUGCAGACUUUAAAUCGUUCGUUUAGACACUAUUUUGUAAAUGAUUACUCCCAUUCAUGCGUACACCCCGCUGUUUUAAUUUGAAGUUCUCCCUUCCGGUCGUGCAAACAGCUGGACGCAGCUGUGUGCGCUCACCCCUCCAUCCAGCCAAGGCGCGCAUCUCCUGUUCGCUCACAGCCGCCCGGGGGACUGAAGACGCGGAUUGAAGCGGUGGAGACACUUCAGCGCACUUUCACAACUUCUUCUACCUCCGCCUGCCUCAUCGCCUCCCUCUCAUAACUGUCACAAUUGCCCUCCAGCGCGGCUCGUCGGGUUUUCUGGCGUCCGUCGGUCCACGCGCGGCCCGGAGGAAGUGGUCCGUGGUCUUUGCGGUGACCGCUGUCGCCAUGGUUCUCCUGGCUCUGACCAUCGCUGUCCCCCUGCUGCUCCUCCGCUCCCCGGACACCUCCGCUCACUACUAUGAGAUGAUGGGCACCUGUCGGAUGGUCUGUGACCCGUACAGCCCCAAACCGGGGGGAGCCACCGCCAUGGAGGUGAGCCAGAAUGUGAACGGGGUUGCUCCCCUGCCGCCGAUGGCACAAGGGACGCGCGGCGAGCCGGGGCGACCCGGUAAGCCCGGACCCAGGGGUCCUCCGGGGGAACCUGGACCCCCCGGACCGAGGGGACCGCCGGGAGAGAGGGGGGACAAUAAACUGGCGUUCACCGCUUUAGCUGGAGCUGCUGGAGCUGCGGGAGGGGACACCGGUGAUGGAGACGGCGCAAACUCCACCAUGAGCGGCUACAGGAUCGCUUUUUACGUGGGGCUGAAAAACCCACACGAGGGAUAUGAGGUGCUCAAGUUCGACGACGUGAUCACAAACUUGGGAAACCACUAUGACUCGAGCACAGGGAAGUUCACCUGCCAUGUGUCCGGGAUCUACUUCUUCACCUACCAUGUGCUGAUGCGCGGAGGGGAUGGCACCAGCAUGUGGGCCGACCUGUGCAAAAACGGACAGGUCCGGGCCAGUGCCAUAGCUCAAGACGCAGACCAGAACUAUGACUACGCCAGUAACAGUGCUGUGCUACACUUGGACUCUGGAGAUGAGGUUUAUGUUAAAUUGGAUGGAGGAAAAGCUCAUGGAGGCAAUAACAACAAGUAUAGCACCUUCUCUGGUUUCAUCUUGUACCCUGAUUAAACCCGCUAACACAGCAAGCGCUUUGGACUGAAAUAAAGGUUAAUUACGUUGUUCUUCUUUUGCACACCUGUUCAAGUUUACAGACUCAUCUGAACCUAUAUGCUGUAAAAAUCAUAUUGAAGGAGUUUUGUAUAUGAUCCAUAUUUAUUUGAACUGAAGUUUAAAUAUAAAUAAUAUAAAACUGUGUGUGAGAAAUUUCAUGUUCCAGAUUUACAGAACGCCAUAAAUGAUCUUGGAGGAAAUGUUCCUGGUUUAACUCUAAAACCAUUUGAGGACAAUAAAAGGCCUCAAAGGUUAUUGAUAUUUUGCUGAUGGUUUCUAAGGCACCUUGUGUAAUAACAGCAAUAUUUCAAAGGAAGCGCAAAAGCAUGAAAGUACUACAAGAGAGUCACUAUUUAACUGUUGACUAUAAACUUUAUUUUGUUUUGUUUUUUUGGCAAAUGACAGUUUCAAAGAGAUGAUGAAUUUGCCAAUUGGUUAUGUAUGGUGUAAAUUGGCUUAAGUAACAAAAAACCCAACCAAUUGUUUUCCUUGUGGAGACACUUUAAAACCAUUUAAAAAAAAUAUUCAGAACAGCUUUGAUUUAGCUAGUAAGCUAAGAGCUAUUGUGAUUGUGUCUUUAGGAAAUAAAACAUUAAACUAACUGGACACAAUAACUAUCUUUCUUUCAUUUAAGUUGUAUUUAUUUGAUUAGAUUAGUCAUAUUUGGUUUAUAAUUGGAGUUUGGAUUGACAUCAACAUCUAGUUGUACGGAUGAGGAAUAAAUAAAUACAACAGGUAGAUUAAUAAAGAUAUAAUACAGCUUUUUAAAGGGACAUCAGCGCUACACGGCAUUUGUUUUUCUUAUAAAAACAGUGUUCUUGGACUUGUGUGAUUGUUGCAUCUAAAUCAAAACAUCUCCAGAACAAAGUAGAAAACUUUUCACAUGCAUGCUAGUUAUCAAAAAUCCCCAUAGCAGCUUUUUUCCCUUCCAAUUCAAGUUGAAUUUGGUCAGAUUAAUCUCAUUUAGCUAAGUACACUAGCUUUUUUCAAAAAUACAUUUAUAAAAAGAUUCUUUAAACUUGCUAAAACC